CUAACAUCGAAGUAGUUGAAUACACAAUCCAAUUUUUACCCACAGAAAAAAAUUAUAAAAUAGAAAAUUCAAACCCAAACACACAUAAAAUAAAGUUUUUUUGUUUGUUUGUUUUUUUCGAAGUGUUUUCCUCGUUCAAGGAGAACCAAAAGUCGGUAUAAAAAUCCCAGCAUACCUCAAAUACUGAUUCACCCUGCGAGAGCUCGAUUUGAUCCCACCUUCUUCAUUCAAUUCUAGGGUUUGUCGUUCGAUUUCUUUCUUAUUGGUUUUCUCGUAUUCAAAGAUUUCCGAUUUUUGUCCGGACGCAAACCCUCGGAUUGUUCUGAAAUUACAAAGGGAUGUUGGGCUUGAAUUUGUCGGACGAGCUGCUGGGGACCGUGGCGCCGAUAAUCGUUUACUGGGUGUAUUCAGGAUUGUACGUACUACUGGGCUCGCUUGAUAAUUACAGGCUGCACACGAGGAAGGACGAAGAUGAGAAGAAUUUGGUCUCAAAGAGGGAGGUAAUCAAAGGGGUGCUCCUUCAGCAGGCGGUUCAGGCUGUUGUGGCCACAAUACUCUUUGCUGUCACAAGCCCCGACUCAAACCACCCGACUCAACAACAAAACCCGCCUUCAACUUCCCUACUUGUACUCGCCCGCCAAUUCCUCGUGGCCAUGAUGGUCCUCGACACGUGGCAGUACUUCAUGCAUCGAUACAUGCACCACAACAAGUUGUUGUACCGCCACAUACACUCUCAACACCAUCGACUAGUUGUACCUUACGCAUUCGGCGCGCUCUACAACCACCCGAUCGAGGGCCUCCUUCUCGACACUUGCGGUGGGGCCCUCGCCUUUCUGGUCUCGGGAAUGUCCCCACGAGCCUCGAUUUUCUUCUUCUCCUUCGCGACUCUAAAGACGGUAGACGACCAUUGUGGGUUGUGGCUUCCCGGGAACUUCUUCCACUUCUUGUUUAGUAAUAACUCGGCGUACCACGAUAUUCACCACCAGCUUUAUGGGAAUAAGUAUAAUUUUUCGCAGCCUUUUUUCGUGAUGUGGGAUCGGAUAUUGGGGACUUACAUGCCGUAUUCUCUCGAGAGGAGGGGUAAGGGCGGGUUUGAGGCCCGGCCCACUAAGGAGUGCGCGAGGAAGAACGAGUGAGAGUGAGGGUUUGUUUGUUCGGUGGCUAUGUGUGUGUGUGUGUGCCUGUAGAAGAGUGGUGUUGUGUACUUUGUGUGUAUCAUUUUCCUAAGUUACCUCUUCUU